CUCUCUCUUCUGGCCAGUGAGAAUAAGUAAACACUAAACCACCUUUGCUUGCCUCCACACUCAGACAUCCAGACACUGGCAGGCGAGGAGAGUCUCUUACUGCCGCAGCCUGUCAGCAUCAAAGCAGAGUGAAUGGACAGACAGAGAGAGAGUUUCAGACAAGUGUGAAUGUGCAAAGUGACUCCCAAAAGCCAAAAACGCACCGACUACAUCUUCUUGGCCUGCUUGUCCAUAUCUGCGCUCCUCAGUUUGGGAUACAGGCCCCAGAUCUGAUUGGAUGGUUUUGUCAGAAUGACAGCCGAAGAUCCUGCUUCCUCCUCAACCAUGAGCAAUAACACUGCCCCCUCCAAACCUUCUGGUGCCUCCCACCACCCUCUUCACGGACAGAUCAACAUCCCUGAGGGAGUUGCAGGUGCUCCCAAUGAGGCUGCACUGGUGGCCCUAAUGGAGCGCACUGGCUACAGCAUGGUCCAGGAAAACGGUCAGCGUAAAUACGGCCCUCCUCCUGGAUGGAAUGGUGCAUCUCCACCACGAGGAUGUGAAAUAUUUGUGGGCAAGAUUCCACGGGACGUUUAUGAGGAUGAGCUGGUCCCAGUGUUUGAGUCCGUAGGACGCAUCUACGAGAUGCGACUGAUGAUGGACUUUGAUGGGAAAAACCGAGGGUAUGCAUUUGUGAUGUACACAGAGAAACAUGAGGCCAAGCGGGCUGUACGUGAGCUCAACAACUAUGAGGUGCGGCCCGGCCGGCUGCUGGGGGUCUGCUCCUCUGUGGACAACUGCCGUCUUUUCAUUGGUGGCAUCCCCAAGACCAAAAAGCGCGAGGAGAUCCUGGAGGAGGUCUCCAAGGUGACAGAAGGGGUACUAGAUGUGAUAGUUUAUGCCAGUGCUGCAGACAAGAUGAAGAACCGAGGCUUUGCCUUUGUAGAGUAUGAGUCGCACCGUGCAGCCGCCAUGGCUCGCAGGAAGUUGAUGCCUGGACGCAUUCAACUUUGGGGCCACCAGAUUGCAGUGGACUGGGCUGAGCCGGAGAUUGAUGUGGACGAAGACGUCAUGGAGACAGUGAAGAUCCUCUACGUCAGGAACCUUAUGAUGGAGACCAGCGAGGAGACAAUCAGACAGGUGUUCAGCCAGUGGAAUCCUGGAUGUGUUGAACGUGUGAAGAAAAUCCGGGACUACGCCUUCGUCCACUUUAACUCCCGGGACGAUGCCGUCCUGGCCAUGGACCACCUCAACGGCACAGAGGUGGAAGGGUCAUGCAUUGAGGUGACACUCGCCAAGCCAGUUGACAAAGAGCAGUACUCGCGCCAGAAGGCCUCCAAGGGGGCUUCCGCCACUCCAGAGGCUGCUCCACAGAACUACGUUUACCAGUGUGAUCCCUACACAUUGGCCUACUAUGGUUAUCCCUACAACACCCUUAUUGGACCCAACAGGGACUACUUUGUCAAAGGAUCCCCAAUGAUACAGAACAAUGCAGGUACUGUGCGAGGUCGUGGUCGUGCUGCUGCAAGUAACCGUACCCCUGGACCACGGGGGUCGUACCUGGGGGGUUACUCUGCCGGUCGUGGCAUCUACAGCCGCUACCAUGAAGGCAAGACCAAGCAGACCGAAAAGCCCUAUGAGCUGAUGCCCAGUCUGGAGCUCGCUGCCUCUGUCAACCCCGUUGGCAUCAAACCUGGCACAAUGGCAUUGCAGACUCUGGGUGGGCAGUACCCAGUAUUCAGCACGGGUCCUGCAGCCAAGCUGAUGGAGGAGGGGAAGAUGCACACGGUGGAGCACCUUAUCAACCCUCUGGCCAUGCAACACCCUGAACACACCAACGCUAAUGCUGGUGCUGCCACCGUCCUACCUGCGGUCUCUACUCCUCCACCUUUUCAGGGCCGUCCAAUCACUCCUGUCUAUGCCAUGGCCCACAACGUACAGCGUAUCCCAACAGCUGGGGGCCUGUAUGGAGCUGGAUACGUCCCCAUCACAAACUACGCUGCCAACACAGCAGCUCUGGCUGCUCUGCAGAAGAAUGCAGCGGUGGCGGCUGCAGCAUAUGGGGGAUACACAGGCUACGCUGUGCCACAGGCAUUCCCUGCCACAGCCUUCCAGUUGCCCAUCCACGAUGUCUACCAGACAUAUUGAUUCUGAGGGUCACGUGAAACAACAACAAAGUUACCCUGCCUCUGACUGAACGACCACCGCAGCGCGCACAGCCUGUCCCAUCAUACAGAGGCGUCACUUGAACUUGUGAACAUCCAAAAGCUCUAAAGGAAUGUCGUUUGAAGCAUAUAUUUAGAAAACAGACAGUGAAACAAUGACAUCUUGACAUCUCAUAUCUGUCCCACUUAUGGCCUCAGUAUAUCCUGGACCCAAAGCAACCACAUGACAGGCUUAAUUAUGCAGCAUCACUGUCAAUUAUAACACACACAGAGGACAGUCAACUUACUGAGGAAACCUACCUGAAUGUGGUGACACACACAUCACCCCCCAACAACAAGCAUUGCUCACAAUAACAACAGUCACAACUCCCACCUUCUCUCUCUCUCUCUCUCUCUCUCUCUCUCUGACCCCUGACCACCGUGUUGCCAUGGCAACAUAAACACUGAAGGUACAUUCAAGUAUUUAUGAAGAGAAGACGCAUAUUUAAGGUUUUAUUCUCUGUAGGUUUCUCUCAUUACUGGUAUUUGUUCUCUGGAGCAGGAAGGAUAAAACUUUACACCAUGUCUUAACACAAAGAAAGAAAAGUUGAUUGAAAGAAAGUAAAAGUACAACAGGAACUACUGAGAAGAGAUGAUACCACUGAAGACAACUGUUGGAUAUACUAAUGUUUUUGGGUUGUUUUUUUUAUUAGUAUUUUUCCAUUAAUAUAUAGUAUUCUAGCCAAUUCUAAAUGCUGUAGGUGAUGCUGUCCGUCCAUGCUGGUUGAAUGUGCAUGCUUCAAACAUGCUUGUUUGGUACUUUUUGGUUUAUUAAGUUUUAUUUGUGUUUUAAAUGAAGGUUUUAAGUGUUGUGUUCAUUUGCCUAUAAUUAGUUUGUUUUUUCCUCUUUCACGUUUGGAAACAUAAAUCUUGGUUUGAAGAAAUGUUGCCAGCUAAAUAAUAUUGUUGCGACAGAUUCCUUGGGGAACAUAUACUAGAGAAAGAAAACUGGAAAAUUAUGGGCAAUAUAGUUUAUCUAAAAGCCUGACAGAUGUACUUGGAGAUGUUCCCCAUCCUCAGAAACUGCGCUGACAGGGGAUUAAGACUGAACAGAUGUUAGUUGCUUUGUUUUCUCAUUUAUGCAUUACUGUUUUUAUUUUUAUUGUUUGAAUUUUUUGAAAGGUGAACAAAUGUGGACAGAAAUGAGAGAAUUUUUUUCUAUAUGGACUGGAAUACUCUGUCACUAAAAAAGAUCUUACAUUUGCCAAUGCUAACCAAAAAAACUUAAAAACUUUAGUCUCAUGAUAGUAGAUAGAUUGAGCCUGAAUACAGUGCCUUAAAUCUGCAUACUGUAUGUGCUACCCUAUGCUUUUCACUGUGCCUUUCACAACAAAGCCAAGACCCUGUGGUUGGCACAAAGAGGAAAGACUCACAUGAAAACUGAAGGUUUCAGUCUCUGCAGUCAGAUGUGACAAGGCUACCUCUCUCCUGUAGUCUCUUUUCUGAAUGCUCCUGCAGUAACACUCCGUAUUUCUGUCUCCUCUUUAUUUCUCGUCCUCAAAACUGUGCUUGACCGAGGUGCACUUAAAACAUAUUUAUAAAAGGCAAGAGAUUGCGACUUUCAGAUGAAGAGAUAUUAAAUACUGAGUAUGAAUUCAUGUCUGAACUUGGCUAGUUUGGCGUUUUAUUCAAUGUCUGUUUUUGCAAGUUUUUCCUUGCGGAUAAAGCAUUAAACAUUAAAAUAACCCUGAUGAAUGUUUAGUAGGCACUUUUUAAACUCUGCAGUGUGUUGAAAACAAGUGUAAUAUUGGACUAGGAAUAACUGGAGCAAUACCUCGUGCUGAAAUAUACAAGUAGCCACGCAUGUAUCUAUGUACCACAACACACAGACAUAACAGAUGCAAGAAGCUGCUGAUCAUGAAGUUACACUCCACAACAGCCAUCUUUACCUUGUAUAAGAGCAUGCAAAACAUUUGUAUGCUGACUUGUAUUUGUAAACCAGUUCCAGUACUUUUGAAUUUUCCAAUUUUAUUUUUAAUUCUCUGUGUAUUCUCAGAUAUUUUUCUUUUUACUGCAGUUUACUCAUAAAACAGCAUGAUGAGUUUGACCAGCCUGGAUUCUGAGAUUGUUAUGAGAUCAUGAGUUAAAUGAAAAGAUAUCAAAGAAGCAGACAAGAUAUAUUUGUUUAAGUCUCAUCUCACUUCAUUUUGCUACUUCUCUCCCCUCUCAAACUGGAUUUGACGUAAAAACAAACAAACUGCUGAUAACUGCUUUUAUUAUUUUCUUGUAUGAUGACAAUAAGUCAGGAUAUAUUUAAUAUAUGCAUUACAUGUGUUGUGUAUGAAGUAAGAAAAGGUAUAAUAUAUUCUAAAACAUAUUUCUUUUCUUUAUUUACACCUUGUUUAGGGAUAAGAAGUCAGAGUAACAAAAGUAGAAAAACUUUUUUUGCCAAAGUGUCCAAUAGUUUUUAAAAAAUUCAAGGUUAUUGUGUUUCUGUUGUGUGUAAUAUUUUGUUUUCUAUUUUAAACUGGAUUUGGUGUUAUGAGUGGGAGCACAAAGGCCUUGUCGUUCAACUACAUUUUUAUCAGCUUCAACAGCAAAGACUAAAACUGGUCCAUUGUAUGUGUGACGACCCAUUGGCACUUUGAGCUGCUGGUGUUGCAACUCCUGCAUGUAAGUUUUGGCUAAUCUGUUAAAAGGUCUAAUCAUUAUUUAACAGCUAUCCAAAUGUCACGUGUUAGAUGGGACUUUCUGCCUUCCACUCAGAGCACCGGCUUUUCUUUCUCCCUCCCUACAUUUCACCCACGAUACAGCAGUAGGAUGAACUCCUGCUGUUCGCUGUGUGAGUGGUGUAGAGCUAUAUUUGCCUAGUUUAACAUAGGUGUUACCAUUUAAACUCUUCCUAGUGUGUGCCUUAUUGCCAAGAUGUGCCCUUUGCUAUACCUUUGUAGACCUAUGCAGACUGUUUUCUAUCUAAAGGUUUGUUUAAAAAAAAAAAGCUUGUUCGGUAUUGUUAUAUUUAUAGUGAUAAAGUAGAUAAAUAAAGCAUUUUCAAAAGGA